GCGGCCUGGGGGGGGCAGCAGAGCGCUGCUGUGCAUAUUACACAGAGAAACAGAAGAAGAAGAAGAAGAAGAAGAAGAAGAAGAAGAAGCAGGAGACGGAGACGGAGACGGAGACGCAUCAUCCACAUCUGAGAGAUCCGCAGCACCAUCUCACAGCAGAACACACCGCGGGCAUCAUGGGAGCCGUGCUGGGACUGUGCUCUAUGGCGAGCUGGGUCCCCUGCCUGUGUGGCAGUGCCCCCUGCCUGCUGAGUCGCUGUUGUCCCAGUGGGAACAACUCCACAGUGACCCGCCUGAUCUACGCCUUCUUCCUGCUGCUGGGUGUAGCUGUGGCCUGCAUCAUGCUGAUGCCCGGCAUGGAGGGCCAGCUGAAGAAGAUUCCAGGUUUCUGUGAAGGGGGGAUGGGCUCCUCCAUCCCUGGUGUGGAGGGGCAUGUGAACUGUGAUGUGCUGGUUGGCUAUAAGGCUGUGUACCGCGUCUGCUUCGGCAUGGCCAUGUUCUUCCUGCUCUUCUCCCUGCUCAUGGUCAAAGUCAGGAGCAGUCAGGACCCCCGAGCCGCACUGCACAACGGGUUCUGGUUCUUUAAGUUUGCUGCAGCAGCUGCCAUCACCAUUGGAUCAUUCUUCAUCUCAGAAGGCCCCUUCACUACGGUGUGGUUCUACAUCGGCAUGGCCGGAGCCUUCUGCUUCAUCCUGAUCCAGCUGGUGUUACUCAUUGACUUUGCCCACUCCUGGAACGAGUCCUGGGUGGAGAAAAUGGAGGAGGGCAACUCUCGCUGCUGGUAUGCAGCUCUGCUCUCGGUCACCACUCUAAACUACGUGAUGUCUCUGGUGUCUGUGGUCCUGUUCUACGUCUACUACACCCACUCUAACGGCUGCACGGAGAACAAAGUGUUCAUCAGCAUCAACAUGCUGCUGUGCCUGGGCUCCUCCGUGCUCUCCAUCCUGCCGCACAUCCAGGAGUCCCAGCCCCGGUCCGGCCUGCUGCAGUCCUCCCUGGUGACCCUCUACACCAUGUACCUCACCUGGUCCGCCAUGACUAACGAGCCUGAUAGGAAGUGUAACCCGAGCCUUCUGGGCAUCAUCGGACUGAACAGCACCAGCCCCGCGGGGCAGGACCAUGUGGUGCAGUGGUGGGACGCCCAGGGGAUUGUGGGAUUGAUCCUUUUCCUCAUGUGUGUCCUGUACUCCAGUAUCCGUAACUCGUCCAACGCUCAGGUGAACAAGCUGACCCUCACCAGUGAUGAGUCGGCCCUGAUCGAGGACGGGCCGCAGGCUGACAGCUUUGAGGAGGGGGGAGUGAACAGGGCUGUGGACAACGAGAAGGAUGGAGUCACGUACUCCUACUCCUUCUUCCACUUCAUGCUGUUCCUGGCCUCCCUCUACAUCAUGAUGACGCUCACCAACUGGUACAGUCCUGACUCUAACUACGAGGCCAUGACCAGCAAGUGGCCCUCAGUGUGGGUGAAGAUCUCCUCCAGCUGGAUCUGCAUCGCCCUCUAUGUGUGGACGCUGGUGGCUCCUCUGGUCCUGGUCAACAGAGACUUUGACUGAAGCAGCCACUGCACUGCCCCCCCCGAAACCCCCACCAUGCCCUGCUUCAGUGUUAGUUCAGUAGGACAGUAGGUAGUCCAGCAUGCAUCAGUGCAGCUGGGGGGGCUCCUCUGCUGACCCACGCUCUGAUGUACUGCUCCCCAUGCUGUUGCCAUUGUAAAGUUUUCAGAGCUGCAUGCGUUUCCUUUAAAGCUGAUGUGACAUUAACAGUAGCUGUCUGUGUGUAACAGUGAACUCUGACUGCAGUAUUACUAAUGGGAAUGCCACUACAUGUAAACCAAGUUAGAUGGUGGUGUGUAUGAGCAGAACUCCAGCUGUGGAUCUCUGUAGCUAACUUGCACAUCACCAUGCGCAGUGUUGUGUGUGUGUCUGCAGCUUGUACAAUCACAACAAAGGCAUUCCUGCUUCCUUUGCUUCGUGUUACAUUUUGACUUUAAAUGUAAAAUAGAAAUUGGUUGUUUGAAAUUUUCUCUAAGUUAUUUGGUAGUGUUAGCAUUAGCAUGUCGUUUCUCAUGUACCUAGCAGGCACAUUGUGUAUGAUUGUCUCACCUGUGCUUUUAUCCUAAUAUAAUUUUUCUCUUGACAUGUAAAAGUAUAUUGUAUGCAGUUUAAUAAAACUGAGUAAAAGCA